CUUUGCUCUGCUGGCGCUGCUGGCCGCGUAGCCGAGGUUGGCUGCGCUCGCUAAGAGGUCAAUGAAUUGGCAGGGGCUGGGCGAGAGGGACGCCCCUGCGUGUUGGGAUCCCUGUCCCUCCAGCCGGCUUGGGCGAAUGAUGCGGCGGCUUGAGAGCGGGACCCUUCCCGAGGAAUGACCAGGGGUGUGUGCUAGCGCCGGAGGAGGCCUCCCCACAAUCUCUCUGGGAUUUUGUAGAAGAAGAAGCUGCAGAACCCAGGAGAGGAGUCAAAAGAGGAAUCAAUCUAGAGCAGGGGUGUCAAACUCGCAACGUCACAUGAUGUGUCACAAGGGCAUACUUAGAAGAAUCAGGAGCACAUCUGUUUCCUUGUUGUAAAUGCAUUUUGUUACGUAAAGUAGAUUUUGGAAGAAAUCAAAAAUGAAUGGAAAUCCUGUAUGAAUGUGGAAGCCAUUAGCAGAGUAAUUGCUGUCUGUUACCAUGACAACCAGCCGCUGCAGUCACCUGCCCGAAGUCUUACCAGACUGCACCAGCCCAGCCACUCCUGUGGUAAAGACUGUGGAGGACUGUAGCAGCCUUGUGAAUGGACAGCCGCAGUAUGUCAUGCAAGUUUCAGCCAAGGACGGACAGCUGCUAUCAACUGUAGUACGGACUCUUGCCACUCAGAGUCCUUUCAAUGACCGACCAAUGUGCAGGAUUUGCCACGAAGGCAGCAGUCAAGAAGACCUGCUUUCUCCUUGUGAAUGUACUGGAACCUUGGGGACUAUUCAUCGUAGCUGCCUGGAACACUGGCUCUCAUCUUCAAAUACCAAUUACUGUGAACUUUGCCACUUCAAGUUUACAGUAGAGCGCAAACCAAGACCAUUGGUCGAGUGGCUAAAAAAUCCUGGCCCCCAACAUGAGAAACGGACUUUGUUUGGGGACAUGGUGUGCUUCUUGUUUAUAACUCCAUUGGCUACUAUCUCCGGCUGGUUGUGUCUGCGGGGAGCAGUGGACCAUCUGCACUUUAGUAGUAGGCUAGAAGCUGUUGGGCUCAUUGCACUCACUGUCGCACUCUUCACAAUUUACCUCUUUUGGACACUAGUAUCCUUUAGGUAUCACUGUAGAUUAUACAAUGAAUGGCGUCGGACCAAUCAAAGAGUUAUCCUUCUCAUCCCAAAGUCUGUCAGCAUCCCUUCUACCCAGCAGUCCUUGCUGGGCCUGCAUUCAGUCAAAAGGAACUCAAAAGAGACCAUUGUCUAAUUGUGAUAAUCUUGUCCAGAGACCACAAACUAUAUGUGUGUAGCAUCAUAGUUGGAAAGACACUUUUUGUAGAAGAAAAGACAUGACUGUUGCAAUUUAAAUCAUGGAUGCUGCAAUCAUAUGAUAUUUGCUAAGCUGCCAAACAUGUCUAAAAUUUAGCAGAUACUGUAUGGAAUUUUCCAACACGUGUUGAUAGCUGCAUCACUAGGGAUGCAACUCUUUUCUAAUUGUGAUUAAAAACUAUGAUGGCAAACACUGCAAAA